GUAAAUGCCAUUGUAAUAGGCCCUACCUUCCGUAAACACACAGCUGCUAUAUAUUUAUUUCCUUACUGGCUGCUCAGUCAUUGAGUAGAGGUCGAUAACCCGGGAAUCUCCUCUUAUCAGGACAUUUUUUUCGUCAUGGCUGAGCUAAAGAUUCGUCGCUACCGAGAUGAUGACGAUGAGGAUGUGAGGGAGAUUUUUACCCUGGGAAUGAGCGAGCAUAUCCCAUCCUCCUUCAUGCACAUUCUCAAACAGCCCCUGACACAGAUGAUUCUGGUGUGUGUGUUAAGCGCUUUGCUGACCAGCUCCAUGUCCAUUCUUUUGAUCAUACUGACAGUGACACUGCUUCUGGCUGCAGGAAGGCAGGGUGUGAGCUACAUGGUCACAAAGUACAUCCAGACCUCCCUUAAGCAAGAUUUCAGCCACAUUCGACAGACCUACCUGGAAUCUCCAAACUCCUGCUUCUGGGUGGCCGAGAGUCAAGGUAGUGUUGUGGGUGCAGUAGCGUGUUCACCCACGCAAUUUGAGAACUUCCUGGAACUAAAGCGCAUGUCUGUUAAAAAGUCAUACCGGGGACGGGGUAUUGCCAAAGCACUGUGCCGUACAGUGGCAGAUUUUGCUCGUGAACAGGGUUUUCAAGGAAUAGUGCUUCACACAACGGUGGUCCAGACAGAUGCACAGAAGCUCUACGAACAUAUGGGCUACCACAAGAUCAGAGAAUUUGUUGUUCCAGAAGUAAUUGCCAGGCUUACUAAUUUCACAAUAACGGAGUACGGGUUCAACCUAAAACAGAAUCGUGACUGAGGCUGUGAACUUCACCAAGAUCACCAUCCUCUCCAUGGUGCAGCCAGGCUUUUAAACACAGCGAGGCAAAACAAUAUCAUCGUUUGUCUAGAUGAAAACAUCAACAAAAGGGAGCCUCUUGUUUUUAAGUUUUCAAAUUAUGUCCACAUUUGGUUAAUUGAUGUUACAAUCAUAUUUUUUAACCUACGUUACUACCCAAAUAAAACAAAUACAUGUGUUCAAUUAUUGUCUAAGCAUCACUAAUAUACUCAUGUUAUGCUAUAAUGUUACUCUUGCCAUAUAGUUAAUAGAAAAUGUAAGCACUUGAAAACAAAUUUAAGCAUCUAAAAAGCAUCUGAGAGACAUAAUGCUGUAGUCUUUGUGGUAGCUUGUGUUGCUUAAUGAGAAAGGUUCUCUCUUUUAUUUUUUAUCCCCAUUUCUCCCAAUUUGGAAUGCCCAAUUUCCACUACUUAGUAGGUCAGUUGGCUCUGCUUCUGAGACAGUCAUUCUGCGCAUCUUAUCAUGUGGCUCAUUGUGCAUGACACUGCGGAGACUCACAGCAAGUGGAGGCUCAUGCUACUCUCCGCAAUCCACACAUAACUUACCACACAAGUGAGAGCAAGAACCCCUAUUUGAAUCUGGUUCAAACGAGGUUACCCCAUGUGAAUCUACCCUCCCUAGCAACCGGGCCAAUUUGGUUGCUUAGGAGACCUGGCUGGAGCCACUCAGCACACCCUGGAUUUGAACUCGCAACUCCAGGUCUGGUAGUCAGCGUCAAUACUCGCUGAACUACCCAGGCCUCCUCUGAGAAAGGUUCUCUUUUAAAUAUAAUAAUUUAAAGGGGUAGUUCACCCACAAAUGAAAAUUCUCUCAUAAUUUACUAAUCCUCAUGCCAUCCCAGAAGUGUAUGGCUUUAUUUCUUCUGCAGAACACAAACAAGGAUUUUUCAACUGGAAUGGCAUGUAAAUAAUGAGAUUAUUUUUAAAUUUUUGGAUGAACUAUCCCCUUAACAUAGCUUGUGCUCCCUAUAUGGUUCAUUGAAACUGGGCAGUAGUAUAUUUAUAUUUGGUAGAUGAGAUGCAGAUAGAAAGAUGUGAGUAUCUUGAAACUGUCAGAUGGUGUUUAACAGGAAUUGCUUAGAAUAUGAAUAAAGUGUUAUAUUUUCAUAUAUACGAUGAUUGGACAACCCUGGCAGAUGAUGAUUACAAUGGCAUUUUUUUCAGGAGUGAAUUUAGACCUGAGCAGCUAUUAUAUACUGAUAUAUAUGUAUAUAUAAAAUUGAACAACAGAAUCAACCCUCUAAUCUUGUAGUUUACCUUUUCUUUUCUGUGUGGAAAUGUACAGAUUGUUUAAUUUCUGAAAGAAUGAAAAGAUUUGAUUGUGAACUGUGAAUUAUUAUAAAUCCCAAGCAUGCAAUGUAACAUGCUUCUGGAAAAAAAUAGCUUAUUCUGAUUAGAAAAAAAAAGGAAUUUGUAAUAAUAAAAUAAAUCAAUAAACACUUCUCUACAUAAACGUUUGUAGGUUUUUUCUGUUGUUUUCCACAGAACAAAGAAAGCUGCUUGAUAACAGAAUUUUCAUUUUUGUUUGAACUAUCCCUUGUAUAGACCAUGUAAUUCCAUAAUGGACAUUUCAGCCUCAGUCCUUUGAACUGCAUUGGGAACAAGAUUUAUCUAAGUAUUUCAGUUUUUAGCUGUAUACGUUUUAUAAUACUUUCAAGUUAUAAAGUGAGACAGUUUGUACAGAUGCCAUGUAUUUGCACAUGUAACAAUAGUAAAACACUUAAGCUUUUAUGUCACUAAAUGAUGGUUUGAAUUACAGUUCAAGCGAGAGAAGCCUGUGCAAUAGUAAGCUUAAUCAGUACUCACAUCUUUUAAACACCAUACUUGACAUUAAUGUGCAGGUUUGGGGAGUAACGAAAUACAUGUAACAGGGAAUGCGUAAAAUACAAAAUAUAAGUAACUGUAUUCCACUACAGUUACAAUUUAAAUAAUUGGUAUUUAUAAUAAAGUUACAUUUAAAAAGUAUUUUGAUUACUGAAGAGAUUACUUUGCAUUUUAUUGUUAUUUGUUUAUUUUAAUAUUUAGUCCUUUCAGAUAGAAAACAUUUAUAUGUAUGAAUGAAGUGAUCCAAAGUGCAUUUGAGCAGCAGUGAAACACUUUCUUAUGAUGUGUUACAUUCAUACGAGCAGACAGAGAAGUAAGUUUGAAGUAGUUUGCAGCAGAAGAAAUAAACCUUGUGUAAAUUGUCAGUUUUAUGCUAAAAUGCUAUUUCUAGCAAUUUACAUGCACAUGCUACCAGACACGAUCAUUGUUUUUUUAAUCAAGAAAAUUCACAUUGGAUAAUAUUUUUUUUCUAGUAAGACCUUUGAUAAUAGGGCAGAAAUCAUAU